GAAGCUGUGCUCACUGACUCAGUCAUACUGAACUGCAGGGGCAGGGGAGCGGAUGCGACGCGCCGUGUCCGGCUGCACCGAUCUCUACUCUCACAGGAAAAUACGGAUUUAAAAGUGUGGAUUGUGUAUUUCACUGCUGAAUUUGAAGUGGGUAAGGUUCGGCUCCUCCGUGGGAUACUUUUGUUGCAACUUGCGCGCUUGUGAUUCUGUUAGACUACAGUUUUCUGUCUGUGGAUAUGGACAGAAGAGUGCGCGCUGCAGGGGAAGAAGGCACGCCGGUAGAAACAUUUGUCUGAUUUAGGAAAUUGGGAGGAAACUAUAUAGAAUUGAUGGAUGUUUGAUGAAGCCAUUUGCGCCUUAUUGUGCUUAUUUUCAGAGACUUGGAAUUAGAGACGAAGAACGAGGACCCUUGAGUUGUUUUCCUAACCAGACUCUCGGUUUUACUUCUAAAACGGUGCGUAAAACAUGGAAACGGUAACGCGACAGAGUUUCCAGCCUCACCCGGGACUGCAACAAACUCUCAAACAGUUUCACCUGAGCUCCAUGAUCUCUCUCGGAGGACCGGCCGCUUUUUCGGCCAGAUGGCAACACGAUCUGCUCUUCAAGAAGGACGGGAAGGACGUUCCGGAGCCCGUGCUGCACCUCCCGCCCAUGCAGCCUCCUCCGGUGAUGCCGGGGCCGCUCUUCAUCCCGUCCGACCGCUCCACCGAGAGGUGCGAGACAGUCCUGGAGGGCGAGACCAUCUCGUGCUUCGUGGUCGGCGGCGAGAAGCGCCUGUGCCUGCCGCAGAUCCUCAACACAGUGCUGCGGGACUUCUCGCUCCAGCAGAUCAACUCGGUGUGCGACGAUCUGCACAUCUACUGCUCCCGAUGCACCGCCGACCAGCUGGAGAUCUUGAAAGUGAUGGGCAUCCUGCCGUUCUCCGCGCCGUCCUGCGGACUCAUCACCAAGACGGACGCGGAACGCCUGUGCAACGCGCUCAUCUACGGGGGAACGUAUCCGCCGCACUGCAAAAAGGAGAUCUACGGCGGCUCUAUAGAGCUGGAGCUCACCGAGAAGAGCUUCAAGAUCUACCACGAGUGCUUUGGGAAGUGUAAGGGGCUGUUCGUCCCGGAGCUCUACAUAAGUCCCAACGCGCCCUGCAUCCAGUGCAUGGACUGCAGGCUCAUGUACCCAACCCAUAAAUUCGUGGUGCACAGUCACAAAUCGCUGGAGAACAGGACUUGCCAUUGGGGCUUUGACUCGGCCAACUGGAGGGCAUAUGUUCUUCUGAGUCCGGAUUACACGGGGAAAGAGGAGAGAGUGCGUCUGGAGCAGCUCCUGGAUGACAUUAAGGAGAAAUUUGACUUCGCCAAUAAAUAUAAGCGGAAAGCAUCAAGGGUGUCUAAAACCAUUCCUGCCAAGAAGACCAAACAUGAUGACUUUCCAGCACAGUCGCCCUCAGGAGACAAAGACAUGCAACCUGAUUGGCUACGGUCCCUGUCUGCAUCAGCCAAUAAGGGGAUCAACUGUAUCCAGCCCAGGCAGAGACCUUCUGCAUUCAGGCCAUGGUCUCCAAACAUCUCUGUUGGUGACAAGGAGGGAGCCAGCAGACAUGCGAACAUGUUACAUGACAGCUUCUACAUUUACAAGAGUCUUGAGAGUGCAGUGGCCCCCAACGUAGCUCUGACGCCCCUCCAUAAAGGGGGGCAGGCAUCUCCUACUGCCCCCAGCACUUCACACCCGCAAGGGGCAGAGAGCGAAGGUGCCAGCCAUGGGAGGAAGAGGAGGCUGGCAGGAGAGACCCACCCCAGCCCACAGUCUUGCCCCUCAGCCACCGCCACCAAGCCCCUACCGCCCCCUCAGGAGGAGCGGGAAUCGGAUGUGGAGGUGGAAGUGGACAGCCGUGAAGAAUUGACAUCAUCACUUUCCUCCCUCUCCUCCCCAUCCUUUACAUCUUCGAGCUCUGCUAAAGACUUGAGCUCUCCCGCUGGCCCCAGAGCCACCAUUCCAGCAGUGCUGAUGCCAGCCAGUGGGGCCCCUGAAGGCCCCCUGGUGUCUGGAGGGGAGGGGCACGGCAUGACGAACCUGGAGUCAGAGCUAGAGACGCUAAGACAGGCACUGGACAGCGGCUUGGACUCAAAAGAAUCAAAGGAGAAGUUUCUGCAUGAGAUAGUGAAGAUGAGGGUCAAACAGGAAGAGAAGCUCGGAUCUGCCCUGCAGGCCAAACGGAGCCUUCAGCAGGAGCUGGAGUUUUUACGCGUCGCUAAGAAGGAGAAGCUUCGUGAGGCAACUGAGGCGAAGAGGAACCUGCGGAAGGAGAUUGAGCGCCUGCGUGCUGAAAGCGAGAGGAAAAUGAGGGAGGCCAAUGAGUCGCGUAUACGGCUUAAGAGAGAGCUUGAGCAGGCCAGACAGCUACGAGUGUGCGACAAAGGCUGUGAGGCCGGCCGCCUGCGAGCCAAGUACUCUGCUCAGAUUGAGGACCUGCAGGUAAAGCUACAGCAUGCAGAAGCUGACCGAGAGCAGCUGAGAUCCGAUCUGAUGCAGGAACGGGAGGCACGGGAGCACCUGGAACGAGUGGUAAAAGAGCUACAGGAACAACUCUGGCCCAAAAGCUCCAGCAAAAAUGGCACAGAAGCAGCACCCCCACCCACCAAAGACUCAAACAACUAAUCUUCUCACUAUCUCUUGACCUCGCCCAAUCCACUUCAACAUCGUCCUGACUGACAGAACUUACCGCCCAAUCAUAUCAACUAGCAUGCGGGUGAGCACCACCCACCUGCUCCUAGCCAGUGCAAAAUUGGAGCUAAUCGGAGGUAUCCUGAAAUUUUGUUGAGGGAAUUUAAACUUAACACAUAAAAAUGUGUUGCUUUGAGAGCACUGAAAUGCACCCCGACUCCAAUCAGAAAUAACAAGGAUAAAAAAAUGCAAAAAGUAAAUUUAGAAAGGAAGAAUCCAAUAGCACAAAAGCUAACUGUGCCUGAAACUGAAUAUGUUUUAAAACAAAGACUUUUCUAUGAUGGAAAAAAAUCAUAAAUUGGUGAUGACAAUAAAACAUUUUACAUGGCAAUUUUUAAGGUGACCUUUAAAGCAUGCUCUCCACCCCACACUGUUGUCUGACAGAAAAGGACUCAUCAUCCCAUCUGAAAUUCCUGUUUCCUUUCGUUCCCUUCCUCAUCUUGGGGAAGUACGAUGAAAUUCACUUUGUAAUAAGCUAUUUAAGAGACUUCAUAGUGAGUGUAUGAGACAAAACAGCAACUUUCUUCUGCGAACUAUCAGAGGCUCAAAUUCCCCUUCUUUUACGUGUCAAGAAAAGAGAAAGAAUUAUUUCUGUCAUGCUUGUUAAAGUUUUGAUAUGGAGAGACAUAGUUACACACAAACACACACUUAUCCUUGUAAGAGAAAUACCAGGCCGAAGAGGGCCGAGGGGUUCAACUCUGUUGAAAGUGGAGAGAUAUUUGUAUUCAAGUAAGUGUUAUCAUCAAGCCAUGGCAAACAAAUUCUCCCCCUCACAAGCUGUAGAGUGUGUACACACAACUAGACAGAUACGGCAUGCACAUUAACACAUGUGUGUACACUCAAACAUAAACACAUGCUUGAUGUUACUGUUUGUGUGCGUUUUGGGUCAUUUAAUAAGUUUGUUGUCUGUGUGGCAUUGGCGGUUUGUGGCUCUGUAAGGGUUGUGAGGGUUUGUUCUUGCUACGGCCACAGCUCACACACUUGCAAACACACUCAUACAGUGCUUCUCUGUGGGCUGAGGUGCUGAGAAUUGGCCCAGCUCAUGAUAUGGCUUCUAGGGCUGAAGGUGUCAUGUGAUCAAGAACCACAAAUUGUUCUUUUUAUGUAAAUUAUAAUAUGUAAAUAUGAAAAUGUUUCUCUUUUGUUUUGUUUUCGCUUUGUUUUUUACUUUACAAUAAUGAAUCGCACUUUGUCAUUACAAAAUACUGUCUAAACACAUUGCGCUCCCACACUCUCCCACGCAUUUAUCUCAGAGAGUUUAGUAUUCUUAAGUAUAAAGUUGAAAUAAACAUUUUUGUUAAUUAUAUGCAUUUCUAAUAAAUGCAAUGUAAUCAUGUUUUUAAGACAUACUAUUGUAAAUAAAUAAAACUGCAAGAAUAAUAAUAAUAAAAAAGAUCUACAUGCUUGCUCAAAUGUGGACAGCGCACACAGAACUGUCCCCCCAAUCCGACUUUAAUUCAACAUUUAUCAUAGUUAUCGAUAUAUGAUUAUAAUCGUUGCUAAAGUGUUAUUGUUACUGUCCUGGAUUCCUACAUGCAUUGAACGGUUCAGAAUCAAAUUUAAAAUCGUUCAGAACGAAUAGGAGUCAGACACACAUAUGUCCAGCAUUGAUAAAGAGAGUUUAAAUAAGAAUGCAGGUGCUCCUCUCGGCUGAAAUAUGUUUGCUGUGAGCAAGAGCAUAUUACUGUAUACAAAUGGAUGAAUGAACGAAGUUUCGAUGGUUUAAUAAAUGCAUCUUUAAAUGCUCACACACUUAGCUGAGAUAGAUUUUGUUGAAAAUACAUAUAUUUUAUAAGUGAUUUAUAUACAUUGGGUACAAUGCAAUCAGAAUGUAUGUUACGUUUUGGCUCUUUUCUUUUCGUCGUUCUUGUUGAUGCUAUAACGGAUGUUUUUCAGAUUGUGUGAAUAUUUUAUUGCUUGUCUUAUGUUCCUUCUUUCAAUAGCAAGCUUAUGUAAUUUCUUUCAUAUGCAUGGAAUUUAAAGAAAAAGAUCAAGUCUGCCAUUCGUAUAUUCAUUAUUGGGCAUUAAAACUGUAUAUGUAAUUUUUCAUUGUUUUAUGCAAUAUACAGCAAUUUUAAUCUUUUUUUUUACUUCAAAGGAAAACAAAACCCUCUCAACAAUAAAUUUCAAGAUAAGAGCUCUUAACAAUCAUGAACGCAAACAUACACACAUUAAUGCCAUUACUCUUGGGAUAAAUACAGACCUUAUGUGCAUAUGCAAUGCUGGAGACCCUCAAGUGCCUGUCUUUGGCCCCUUGGGGUUCCAGAAGAGGAACAAUUGUUCAGACAGCGGUCAGCUGAUGAGAGCGGGCCGUCCCAUUUGCACUCUGAUGGGGGGGAGGGGUGGUGGGGGCAGCUUAUUUUAUAGGAGCUUAUUUGAUAGGUUUUAAUGCCAUUUUGUCAGUAUUCCUUUGAUGUUUUCUUCUUUAAAAAAAUAAAUGAAAGAGAAAUGCAUAGCAGAAUUUAAUGUUCCAAUUGCCACUGGUAAAGAAGAAUUUAAAUCUUAUACUAAGAUAUCUUUUAAAUAUACAACAGGAUAAAUAAACUCUUUUCUUUCUGUUUUUAAGGAAUAAACUGAAUAUAUUUAAGAGGUUACUUUUGCUAUAGAUGUAAAAAGAGCCAUUGAAAUGAUAUGAUUUGCCCUGACCUGUACAAUGCAGGAUAUGUUGCAGAUAUUAAUUAAACAAGGGUCUAAAGGACGCUCAGUGUCUUCAACAAGAGUAGCAAGAGGCUGUGCAUUUGUACAGACCAAAACAAUUUUAUAAAAAUAAAACAUUUAAAAAAAAUAAUUCAGAUGAGGUUGUUUUGUAGUUUUUACAUGCAAAUUGAUAUGUGUAGUUUACUUUGUUCAUGGUUUUCUAUGAAAAAGGGAGAAAUUGUUCAAAAAGGCUCCUUUGCUCCCAUAUAAUACUAAAAAUGUUUGAUUUUAUUUUCUAAAAGAGCCAUUUUUGCUAACAAAUAAAGCUACAACACAGCAAUAAUGACAUAACAUCACUUAUAAAUGAACAGGAUUAGCCAGUUGGAUGAUAAAAGUACAAAUUCACCUUUGUAAAUAGCUGUUUUCAUUUUACAAAAAAUUGUAUCAUAAAUGUAUAUUGUUUUUUUUUUUUUGUUUUUUUUCAGAAUAAGAAAAACUUUACAUAAUAGUAGUUAUAUUUUACGUUGUGUUUUUAAAAAGAAAGAAUUGUUUUAAAAACAAUUUCAAAGGUUGUAUUCCCAACGCAAGCAUAUUCAGUACUUUAUUUCACUUUUUUUUGUGCUUUAAAGAAUAAUGAUAAUGUUUAGUAGACUAUGGUAAAUACCUUUCUUUUUUCAGUUAUCAACUUUUUUAUUAUGUUCAACUGAAUAUCAAAUACAUCAAUUCUGGUUGAAUCAGACAUCCACAUACUUUCGUACUUAUUUUAACAAUGUGUUUCUUUAUUUUCCAUAUCUUCUUAGCCCUUCAUUGCUGCUGCUAUAACAAUAUACUAUAAACUUUACAAUUCUUGAAAUUAUUUUUAUGUAAGAGAUUAUGCUUUCUUCUUCUACUGAUGCCGCUUAUACAGUUUGAUCUGGUCAAUAUCUCCCUCUUAGACUGCCCCUCUCCCUUCACAUGGACUAUAAUGUAAGAUAGAGAGCUCUAUGAGAUUAGAGUUGAGAGUAGUUUGGCUUAUAUACUGCAAUGUCAGGAUGUACAGUGUAUAGACCCAUAAUCAAAAAUAAAGUUGUUUGUCCAGAUGUC